AUGAGUUCGUAUUCAUGUGGAUCAGGUUAAUACUCUCUAUUUCAAGGCACAUCUACACUGGGUUGUAGAAGCUAGACAAAUUUUUGUGGAACAUUCUCAAAAUGUCUUUAAGUAACUGAUAAAUUUGAGCCAUAUGAUUAUGGAUGCUGUAGGGAAGAUUAUCUUUAUUCCAGUGCAUCCAAUAUCAUAGUUUAUAUUCUAAUUAUUCCAAUAAUUGGGAUUGGAAGUUUAGGAGCUUUAGGAGGUUAGAUUAUCAAAUUUGUACAUUAGGUGGUGUGGUCAAAAGGCCAUUUUUAGAGGCUAUUCUAAAUUUCAAUUCAGGUCCUUCAGGAAAUAUAACAGCAUGUCUUAUGUUUGGAGCUUAAUUAGUUAAUUAGAUAAUUAUCACAUUCUAGAAGUAAUAAAAUUAUAGAAUGAAAGACAUCCAUACCAUCCUUAACGUCCUGUUGUAAAUUAUGAGGUUGGAAUGAUUUAUGCCUUAGCUAUUCCACUUUCAAUGUAAUUUGGAGAAGAAUUAGCAAGUUACAUGCCGUUAUUACCAGUUUUAACACUUUAGAUGAUGUUUUUUAUUGUCAUUCUUCCAAUUUGCUUAUUAUAUGCAAAAAGACAAGAAGUUGUUGAAUAAGAAUAAGAUGAAGAUUAUACUGAUUCUCAUAUUUCUAUGACAACAGCUUUUAAAGGUUCAAUUUAAGAUGAAGCAUAGGCUGCCUUAAUUUAUAAAUAAUUUUUAAACGAAUCUCAUUAAAUUUUACCUCUAAUACCUAUACUUAUUACUUUUGGAAGUUUUGCAGUUAACGAAGCAGUCAUACUUUCAAGAACAACACUUUAUUAAAUCUCACCUUAUUAUUAACAAAAUGUUAAUAAUCCAAAUCCUAAAUUAGAUCCAUGUAAUUAAUGGAAUUUAUAUAUGAUGAUUUUAUUAUUUGCAGUCAACAUUAUUAUUACAGGAUUAACUUUAUUAUAUUAUAGAAGCAAAGAAUAAUUAAAGGAUAGUGUAAGGUAUAAAUUGAAGGAAAGAUAUUUUACUCCAACAAGAAGAUUCUUUAAAAUAUAUGGAGCUGGAUGUGCAACUGGUUUUAUAGCAGGAUUUUUAGGUAUGGCAGCUGGUUUAACAAUGUUUGUAACAAUGGUAUAAUUUGGAUUAGUUGCUGCAUCAGCAGGAGCAACAGCUAAUUUUGGUUAUUUUAUUGUAUGUUUAUAAGUAUUUGUAUCAUUCAUGGUCAGCGAUUCUGGAAUGCCAAUUGGUGAUUAGUUUUUCUUUUAUGGAAUAGGAGUAAGUGUAAUUUUUAAUCCUUUAGAUUUUAGGUGUUUUAAUUUUCACAAACUUAGGAUAUUACUAUAUUAGUAAAUAUAAAAUUGGUCAUAUAUUAUUUUAUAUUGAUUUUGCUAUUGUUGUCUUAAAUAUUGCAGGUAACAUUGCAUGGGGAAUAGAGUAAGAAGACAGAUAAGGUUUUUUUUCUAUUGUAAGUAUAUCUAAUACCUGUGGUGGAUGA